AUGAAGCUAACCCCCAAAUAUUUCUGUUAUCUUGAUGUGUCUUUUCUAUAGAAAUUUUGUAUCACCAUGGGGCGCCCCUGUGGCCUACUCACAAGUCAAGAGAAACCAGUGCCACUGAAGAGCAUCUCUGUUACCUUAUCUAUACAUGAGUUUGUUGUUGAUGUGUCUGCAACCUUAAACUAUGAAAACAAGGAGCAGUUUCCUGUGGAGGCCUUCUUUGUGUUCCCGAUGGAUGAAGACUCCGCUGUAUACAACUUUGAAGCCUUGGUGAAUGGGAAAGUAAUUGCAGCAGAAUUAAAGGACAAGAUGAAGGCCCACACAUUGUAUGAGAAUACUGUCUCUCAAGGCCAGGAAGCCUUCCUGUUGGAGGAGGACAUUAGCUCCAGAGACGUCUUCUGUUGCAAUGUGGGCAACCUGUUGCCUGGCUCAGAGGUGGCACUCACCCUGAAGUUUGUGCAGGAGCUGCCACUGGAGCCAGACGGGGCCCUGCGCUUUGUGCUCCCUGCUAUCCUCAAUCCUCGAUACCAACUCUCCCAAUGUCCUGUGAACACAUGUUUUCAAAUGAUGAAUCCUAUGAUUUCUUUGGAAAACGUGCCCUAUACACUCAGUCUGACCGCCACCAUCAGUUCCCAGCAUGGCAUUGAGAAGGUCCACUCCAACUGCUCUUUGACAUCUCUUGAGUACCUUGGAGAUGAUAAGACUACUGCUCAGAUUUCCCUGGAUGAUGGGCACAAGUUUGAUCGAGAUGUGCAGCUCCUGAUUUACUACAGUGAGGUGCACACCCCCAGUGUUGUUGUGGAAAUGGGGAAGGAGAAAACAAGUGAAGAUUCUUUAAUGGAAGCAACAACUGCAAUGGUGAGUUUCUAUCCUGAUAUCCCGGAAGCUCAGCCACCCAUUACCUGUGGAGAGUUUAUCUUCCUCAUGGACUGCUCAGGAAGUAUGCGAUGCCCCAUGAGUAAACGAGAUAAAUCCCAGUUGCGCAUAGAUGCUGCCAAGGAGACACUGAUUUUUCUGCUUAAAAGUUUACCUGAAGGCUGUUAUUUCAACAUCUUUGGAUUUGGAUCUACCUAUGAGUCAUUUUUUCAGGACAGUGUGAGGUACACUCAGCAUACAAUGGAAGAGGCAUUGAGGAGAAUUAAGCUUAUGAAGGCUGACCGAGGAGGCACUGAAAUAUUAACACCACUUUAUUCCAUAUAUGGAUCACCCCCUAUCCCUGGCCAUCCAACACAGCUUUUUAUCUUUACAGAUGGGGAAGUGACUGACACAUUUAGUGUAAUUAGAGAAGUUACCUUCAACAAACAAAGACACAGAUGUUUCACAUUUGGUAUUGGAGAAGGUGCAUCCACCAGCUUGAUAAAAGGCAUUGCCCGGGUGACAGGGGGCACUUCAGAGUUUAUCAGUGGCAAGGACAGGAUGCAGUCCAAGGCUCUUUUGGCCCUGAAGCAUUCUCUGCAGCCUGUGGUAGAGGACUUGUCAAUGAGUUGGUCUUUGUCUUCUGAUCUGUCUGCUGAGAUGCUUUCCCCAGAACAGUCAGUCAUUUUUAGGGGUCAGAGAUUGAUCACCUAUGCCAAAUUGAAUGGGCCAGUGGCGACAGAAGAGGCACAAGGAGAAGUAUGUCUCAAGUACGCUCUUCAGGGCAAGAGUUUUGAGACUAAAGUGAUAUUUUCUCUACUUCCCAAGCCUGAUGACAAUUUCACCAUUCACCGCCUUGCUGCCAAGUCUUUGCUCCAGAAAAAGGACAUGGGCUUCAGAGAGACUCCAGCAAAUGACAGAAAGGAUGUUUUGAAGAUCAGCCUUGAGUGUGGAGUCAUAAGCUCUCAUACAUCUUUCAUUGCAAUCAACAAGGAUCUCAAUCAGCCAGUUCAGGGGCCCAUGGUCCGUAGGGACAUUCCAGGGCCAAUUGUGUUGGGUGCUUUCACCACAAUGCAUGGAGAUAUUGGAGGUGCUUCUUCGAAGGCCUCACCGUCCUCUGAUAUGCCAGGAGCUGAGUCCAUGGACAGGAUUCCUUAUAACUCACACUGGCCAUGUCAUCCAAGAAGCAGUGCAAUGGCGAAGUAUUUUGGUCAUUGUAAACCAAUGAGUAACAGGGAAUUGUAUGCUCUAGUGUUUGGAGAUAAUCAUCUUGUGCUGCUGAUUUCCCUUCAAAAGGCAGAUGGUUCCUGGGAAGUGAAUGAAGGUCUGGCCAUGGUCCUAGGUAUGAGUGUGGAAGAUGUACUUGCUGGCCUUCCUUACAAGGAGAUAGAUUCUUCAGGCUGGGCUACUGUCCUGGCUUUGUUCUGGCUGCAUACCUAUGGUAAGGAGCUGCAGAGUGACUGGCAGAUGAUGGCAGAGAAGGCAAUGCUCUGGAUUCACAAGAAUAUAGGCCCUACCAUGCAUCAACUUCUGAAACCUGCUGCUAACCUCGUGUUCUCAAGUAAGAGUGCUAAAAAAUCAAAUCCCUGA